GGAGGCGUCCUGGGGAGAGCUCAGAAAAUGUGUGCUGGAGACACACGAGCGUUUUCUGCCCCAGGCUUGUGGUACUCCCCAUAGAUGACUCCCAGUUUCCAACACAGAGCCCCAGCCCACAGCCCAGAGGAGGAGACAGAUGUGCUUUCCUCCAGGGCUUCGGUGCAGCCUUCCUUUGUGUGCAUCAGAGCCCUCCCAGUAAGAAAGCCCCGAGGGGCUGCAUCUUCUUCCGUGUGGUCCGUGAGGGAUGCGGCACGUGGCCUGGAGGGAGUCUUGUGUGCCCUGCCAGGUGCCAGCCUGCAGCUCAUCCUGGCUGCUCUGCAACUUUGGAAAUCGGGACCCUAGUCCUUCUCCCAGCCUGUCCCACGACCCACAUCCAGUUACUGCGGGGGUAGGAGAUCACGCCGUGCAGUGGGUCCUUCUCUUGUCUGUUCUUGAUUGUAGAUGAUGAGCUCGGUGCUCUCUUUCUGGAUGACCUCCUGGAUCCAGAUUUCACACCUGCGCCCAAGGCACAACCCAGAGGCCCUGCUGGCGAAUCAGAACGGAAUCCUGUCCAUGAACCUGAGGGGAAUGCUGGAGAUGUGAGUGGAGGAGGUGAUCCAGCUUCCCCUCUGAGCUCUGAGACCGAAACCCGGACGGAUGGCAUGGGUCUGGAAAGGGGAAAGGAUGAAUCCAACAGAGGAAAAUUCUCCCAGGGGUCUUACCAUCCGUGAGAGCUGCUGAAGGAAAUGGACGUGGCAGCUCGUGGGCUGAAUGCAGGGAAAAGCACAAAGGCUGCUGUUGGCAGAUCUGUGCGGCAGCGCCACGUGGCAGUGAUGGUGCUGCUCUCAGCUGUGCUGCUGUCUGCGCUGGUGCUGGCCUGCAUCGCUGUGUCGCAGACGUGGAACAAAUGCCUUGUGUGCAAGAGGAGAGAGAGAGCAGCAGAGCGAGCUCAUCCUGACACCGGCUGGGAGGGAGUUCCAGCUGGAGAUGAAGUGGAGAGUGGAGAGGCAACGAGAGAGAUCCUUGCCCAAGCAAACAAGAACCUCAGCAAUAGUUUCAGUCCGUUCCGUUCUGCCAUCCCAGAGGCCAGAGGUGUUCAGACUCGUCUGGAAGACCUGGAGCGUGAACUCCAAGCCAUGAAAAAGGUCCGUGGGAACAGUGGACGAGUUCGAAGAUUCUUAGCUCGCCACAGCUACCGUCCUUCUGAGGGUUCUAAUGAGGACCCAGAAAGCGAGCUUCCUCUGACCGCCGGACAGCACGUUUAUGUCUUUGGAGAUGUGGAUGAGGACGGCUGGUUUCUGGGAGAGCUGACGGAUGGCACGAGAGGGCUGGUCCCUUCCAGUUUGGUUACAGAGGUUUCAGAUGAUGAGCUGGACACAACGAUGCCUCCCGAGCUCUGUGAUUUCCUGCUGGAAACGGAUGAUUGUGUCGAUGCAAAGAGUCCAUAAUGCAGCAACAUCCUGUCACAAUUCUUGCCUCACUUCAUCACCAUGUUUCUGUUUCACCAUUGUCAUGCUGCUGUACUGUGUUGCCAUUGUAUCCCUUUUAUCCCAUUGUCAUCACUCUGCUAUCCCAGUGUUAUCUCUCCAUUGUCUCAUGUUGCCAUUGUCACUGGCCCCCUGUUGUCCUGUGUCAUCACUGUCACCCCAUUUUCACCCUGUUGUCCCAUGGCACUCUUGCUUUUAUCCCAUUUGUCCCGUAUUGCCUUUGCCUUUGUCACCCCAUCAUCCAAUUUGCCAUCAUCAUUGUCUUCCCAUGGUCCUACUGUUGUCCCUUAUGAUGACAUCACUAUUAUCAGCCUGCAGUCAGUACAUUCUCAUGCUGUUCCCUUGUGUUGCCAUUACAAUUGUCUCCUUGUUGUCCUGUGUCAGAAACCCGGUUGCAGCUCCUCCCACACUGCCAGCCCCGUGCUGGCUGCCGGCUGCUCCAGCUUGAGCUGCUUGAGGUGGGGGAAGAAGUUGUACAGACAGCCCAGCAGCUCGUUGCUCUUCACUGUAACGUGUUCUCGGCACUGCCACCAUCACCACACUGCCACUGCCCACAGGGACACAGUGACGUGCAGGGACAAGUGGUGAUGUCUGUACCAGGUCACAGGCACUGUGUGUCCUCCAGGCACUCCUCGCUCAUGGGCUGCACACCCACCUGUAGCUGCAGCGUGAAGUUGUGCAUGGCCCAGAUUAAGCCACAUCACCAUUCUUGUCACGUUGCUGUUGUCACUGCACUGCUGAUCUCCCACACAGUGUGAGGGACUUCCACUACGGUGCAGCCCGGUGAUGGACACAGCCACCAAUGGGCUGGGUGACACCAGUGCUGUGGGGUUAAGAGACAGCAUGCUGCUGUUGCAAACCAGGCAGAGUAGGGCCGGCAUCAGGGGCACUAGAGCCUCCUUGGCCAUGCAGCUGCCAGAACCAAAAGGUUCUGCCCAGAUCCCUCAGACACAUUUCCUGCUGCUGCUUCCUUUGCUUUACCCAAACAGGGCCCAGUGCUGUUCCAAAAUGACAACAGCUGGAAAGUGUCACACAUACUCCUCUUCGCUGUCACUGUCUGACAGGACAAGCUGAAGCUAUGUGAGCAGAUUGCUCAGGAUGUUCACACCUGCGUGUCACCAUGACCAUGACAUUCCACUGAGAGCAGCUCGGAUGUCUACCUGUGCUCUAGGACUGCCCAGUCUGGAAAAGCCUUUUGAAUUGUAUGGGCGUGAAAGAUGUCACUUUGCACUAGGAGAGUUAGCAGAACACACUGGAUCCAGGAAGAGAACAGCUGGCUAUUUCUCUGGACAGUUGGACCAAGUAAAUAUAGGGUGGAUGUCAUGAGCAGUGUCAGCAAACCCUGUGGCACUGCCUGAAUGCAGGAGGAAAGGCCGGGUCCUGGCCCAUGCCACAGCCGGCAGCAGCCCCGGGGCUGCCUGCAUAUCCCAAGCACAGCGGCGUGCCCAAGAGGACGGAAACGCCCCCAGGACGGGGCCGCAGCUGCCAGCCUGGCCUCCCGUUCCGUGUUGGAAACACUGCACCCCGCCGGAGUCGGGGCCAGAACCCAGCUCAGCCUGAGCCGGGCCGCAGGGAGGAGGGAGUGGGUUGGGUGCUGGGGGGAAGGGAUCCCCGUGGUUGCAACCUCUACAGCUGCCCACCUCGGGAAAGGCAGAGAGGAACAAAACUGACAGUGGCGUGAUGGAACUCUCAGUUUUAUUGUGAUGGACUAUGAUGACUUUGGAUACAAUUGGAGCUUGCACAUGGCUGCUCCUGCGACAUCAUUGGGGCUGGCUGUUGAUGUUCGGGGCCCAGCGUGGUACCCGGGAGCGGCUUCGCCCCCGGGCUGGUACCCGGGAGCGGCUUCGCCCCCGGGCUGGUCCUCGCCGCCUGGAGCGGCUCCUGUGGCAUCUUCGGGGCUGGCUGGGGGUCUCUGCAGCCCGAUGUUCAAGAGGGGAGCGGCUUCGAGUCCGGGCCCACCCUGGCUGUCUGGACCGGCUUCCAUCCGCUGCUGUGGAAGCCCUUGAGGACCGCGGUGCUCCCCGUCUUGUGCAUCUGUUGGUGCCGCUCUCAGCACUUUGGGUUGGUGCCUGCCUGCUCCCACGUGUUUGGCGUCUUCGGGGCUGGCUUGGAGAAUCUGGGGCCCGGUGCUGCAAGGGAGAGCGGCUUCUUGUCUGGGCCCGCUGCCCCUGUCUGCACCGGAGGUUGUAGCCAACUGCAGGGGAGUUCCUUGAGGACUCUGAUGUCCCCUGGCUGGCAGAGUUUAGGGCGCUGCUCCCGGCAAUUGGGGCAGCAUUAUGGCUGCUCCCACGGUGUUCCUGGGGCUCAUUAAAGCCAUUUUCAUCCCGGUGUAGACGUGGGCGGAUUCUCCUCCGGUCUGUCCUGCGCUGCCUGGACAGGCCGCCGCUCUCAGGCACGCGGGAACAGUCAGCUGGCCCCAGUGGUGCCUGGCUGGUGGUGCUGGAGCUGCUCCUCUCUGGUGUCGCAGAGCCUUGGGAUGGCUCCAUUUCCUGCUGGCUGAUGGUGCUGUAGCCAGGAAGAUCUGAGUUGCUGCCGGAGGCUGUAAGGGGAGGCAGGAAGGUGAGCAGGAUGGAAUUACAGCCACGGGGUGGAACUGGCUCCCAUUUGUCCAGGGCUAGAGGGAUUUGAGCAAGGCCGCUCUGAGCAGCCGCUGCCAGGCCUCGCCUGGCCCCAGCCCAGCAGCACGCGGCCGUUUGCCUCUUACCGGUGCCCUCUCCAGCACAGGCGUUGCACUCCCAGCUAGCUGUGCUCUGACUCAAGUUGGAACAGCGCCGAUGAGUGCCUUGCGCAGCACAGGAGCUGCAGAGGAGCAGCUGCCAGGGCCUGGGGAAACCAAGGGGUUGUGGCCAUCAGGACAAAGUGAUCUGAGCCCGGGAGUGCCCGGCACGGCUCUGGUGCUCAGUCCGUGCUGCCCCAGGCUGUGGCGAGGUCGCGAUCCCACGCAGAGCCCCAGAGGGCUGCUGAGGCAACUCACCCCUCUCUCUCUGCGUGCUCCCUGCCGCGUGGGUAACAGCAGUCACUGGCAUCGCAUCUCCUGUGCCUCUCGCGUAGAGAUGCGUAGGCGUUGUUGCCCUCCCAUGUUGGUCUUCUGCCAGAGAAGGGAGGGAAUGUGAUGAGCACCCGCUGCUCCAGGACUAAAACUAAUCCAAGGAAUCCCUCCCCCUCCACCCCGUCUCCAGUUUGAGAUUCCCAAUGGUGCUGAGGGCCAUGUUGAUGGCUGCAAAGGACCAGGCCUGCUGGGACAGUCCCUUACAAAGGACAGCUCAUGUGCCCUCACAUCUCAAGAGCUGGCUGAAAGACACCAACCUGCCUGGGAUUCGGAUCCCCAUAAAGAACAUGUUUGGAAUAAACUUGAUGUCGUCUCUGCAGAGGGGGCACCGGAAGUAAUAAAACCCUGCGUGCAGAGCCUGUUCCUGCAGCAGAAACACAAGCAGUGUGAUUGUGAGCCAGGCCUGAUGCUGCUGAGCGCCUGUGGUGCUUGCAGGGUGAGGGGAGGGCUCCUACCUGGAUGCAGACCCGGUGGAACCAGGCGUGUCGGCAGGCCGGGCACACCAUGGUGCUGUAUGACCUGCCGUCCCCCACAGGGUCCAUGCAGAUGAUGCAGGUCGUGUCCUGCACAGG